AUGAUUUUUAAGAAAGUAUCCAUUGAUCCCUCUUUGCUGAAAAGGCUGAGCAAAGAAGGACUAGUAUCCGUUGAAGUUGCCAAAGCGAGCGACAUAAAAAUACUAAACAAAGACAAUGUGGAAAAAAGUACAAAAAAAAAUAAAGAUUUGAAAAAGAAAAAAAAAAAUAACAAACUCAGUAAAGUUAAAAAAAAAACAAUUACAAAAAAAGGAAAAGAAGACAAAAACGAAAAAAAAAAUAAUGAAAUAACUACAUCUGUAAAAUCAAAUGAAACAGUUCAGACAAUUGAAGAUAGCCAGGAGGAUAGCCCAAAGCCUAAAGUUGGAGUAAAAAGAAAAAGAAAAAGAGUGCGAGGAAAAAAAAAAAAAAAAAUUAAAAUUAAUAAAAGUGUAUCUGAAAAAAAGGAAAAUAAUGUAGAACCCAAAAAUUAUGAUAAAGAUAUGAAUAACCAAAGUAACGAAGAAGAUAACAUAAAAAAGGAUGAUCAAAAAAAGAAAAAAAUAUUUGAUAUUGAAGAAAUUAUAAAGAAUGAAGAAAAUUUUAAAAAUAUAAAAGAAAUAAAAUAUAAAAUACAUUGUUCUAAAUGGAAUAAAAAUAAUGAAUUAAAUAUACCUCACACUAUAAUGAAAUCAUUAUAUGAUCAUAAUUUUUUUAGUCCUAGAGAAAUACAAAAUAAAACAUUAGAACAUUCUAUAAAUGGAAAAAAAGAUAUAAUUGUUGUAUCAAAAACAGGAACAGGAAAAACACUAACAUUUUGUUUGCCCAUAUUAAGUAACAUAUUACAAAAUAAGUUAAAAGAAUUUCAUACUAAAAAACAACAAAUAAAUAAUAACACAAAAAAAGCAAAUAAAAAAACAAGUCAAAAAUUCCGAUGCCUAAUAUUAGUACCAACACGUGAAUUAGCUGUUCAAAUCUUAAAUCAUUUUAAUUAUGUUAAUAAAUAUAUUAAUAUAUAUAUUAUAACAAUUAUAGGAGGAUUAAAUAUUAAUAAGCAACUAAGACUAAUAUCAAAGAAACCAGAAAUUGUUAUUUGCACUCCUGGACGACUAAAAUAUUUUUUACAAUUAGAAGAUAAAAUUAAUUAUUUGUGUAACAUGAAAAAUGUAAGAUAUUUUGUUUGUGAUGAAGUAGAUAAAAUGAUUGAAACAUCUUUUAUAAAUGAUAUCCAUUUUAUUUCAAAACAUUUAUAUAAAUCGGUGGAUGAAAAAAAAAAAUUUAUUCAAACUUUUUUACUAUCUGCAACAUUAAGUUUAACAGUUCAAUUACAUAAUGAAAAUAUGGCCAAACUAUUAAAUUAUGUUUCAAUAAGAAAAGAUAAAUCAUACAUAAUUGAUUUAACAAAUGAAAAUGAGGCUAGCCAAAACAACAUGGCAAUUUCUAAUAAUAAUGAUAUAACCCAUGGAAAGACUACAGUUUUACCUGAUCACUUAACACUAAAUAUAAUUAAAUGUGAAAAAAAAAUUAUUUUACAUAAACUUUAUUAUUUAUUAAAGUUUUAUAUUUUAAAGGAUUUACAAACUAAUACAGUUAAAAAAAUUAUUAUAUUUCUUAAUACAAUUAAAUUAGUAAAAGAUGUUAGUACAAUAUUUAAAUAUUUAUUUUUUGAUCCUGGUUUAGAGUCAUCUAUACCAAAUAAAUAUAAAACAAAUUUAUUUUUGUCUAAAAAAAUUAAUAUAUAUUCAAUUCAUUCGAAACAAAAAUUAAAAGAAAGAAUUCAAAGUGUAUCCAAAUUUACAGAAUCAAAUAAUAGUUCUAUUUUAUUUUGUACUGAUGUUAUGAGUCGAGGAAUAGAUCUAAAUAAAUGUGAUUUAAUUAUUCAGCUUAAUUGCCCAAUCUCAGAUAUUACAUUUGUUCAUAGAUCGGGUCGGACCGCUCGAAACUUGAAAGAAGGUGAAUGUAUUUGUUUUAUCACCGAUGAUGAAAUAUCUAGGUGGAAUAUUUCACUCAAAAAAAUCGGAUUGAAUUUAGAAAAUCUUAAGGAAUAUGAACAUGUCAAAACUAUAGAAAAUAUUGAAUUUACAAAAAUAAAUAAAGCAAUUGGAUAUUGUAAUGAAAUAUUACAAUUACAAAAUAAAAUAAAAAGUAAUAAAGAAAAAAUGAAUUUAAAUAAACUAGCCAAAGAUGCAGAAUUAUCAAAUGAUGAUGAUUUAACAUCAGAUUCAGACAAUCCAUUACCUAAAAAAACUAAUGACCAUAUUCUUAAAAAUCUAUUUCGUUUAAAAAAACAAUUAUAUACUACUCUCUAUCAAGAAUAA